AUGGACGCAACAUACACAAUGGCUCCCACGGGACAACCGUCUUUUGCAUACUACCCGGCUGCUGACUCGCAACCGAGACAACAGCAACAUUUCACCAGUCACCCAUCCGACAUGCAACCGUACUAUGGACAGGUCCAGGCCUACCAGCAGCCCCCGCAGCACGGUCUUCCAGAGCAACCCAUCUACACGCAACCGAUGCUCAACAUGCACCAGAUGGCUACCACGAAUGCAUUCCGGGGUGCCAUGAACAUGACCCCCGUCGCCUCUCCUCAGCCAUCCCACAUGAAGACUGCUUUCGUUGCCCAGCAGGGUUCGACUCUGAUGCCUCUGGACACGCGGUUCGUCAGCAGUGACUACUACGCUUUCCCUUCUACCCCCCCUCUUUCCACUGCCGGAAGCUCGAUCAGCAGCCCGCCGUCGACCAACGGUACGCUGCAUACCCCGCUCCAGGACAGCUUCUUUGCGUUCGAGAAAGUUGAAGGCGUGAAAGAGGGGUGCGAAGGCGAAGUCCACGCCGAACUCCUGGCGAACGCUGACUGGACCCGGUCUGCGUCGCCUCCCAUGACGCCUGUGUUUAUUCACCCCCCUUCUCUCACUGCCAGCCAAAGCUCCGAUAUCCUGUCUGCCAACAGCUCCUGCCCGUCUCUUUCCCCCUCGCCGCCGCCAGUUUCCAACAUGCUCGCCCAGUCUCAGUCGGGUCUUCCCGUGGAACAGUCGAACUCCCACUUUUGCGACCCGCGCCAGCUGACCGUUGAGUCGACGAUCAACGCCGCUACCCCUGGCGAUCUUCCCCCGCUGCCUGCUCUUGGCUGCGAUGAGGAGGAGCCCAAGAUCGUCCUGACCAACGAGGCUGUGACCUUGCCAAUCCAUGAGAACCCGUCGCCUUGCUUCACUUCUUGCACCGAGGAUCCCCUGAGUACCUUGCCCACCUUUGACAGCUUCUCUGACCUGGACUCGGAAGACGAGUUCGUGAACCGCCUCGUCGACUUCCACCCCAGCGGUAACGCCUUCUACAUGGGCGAGAAGCGCCAGCGCAUGAGCACCUACUCGCUUGACGAGUACGAGGACGAGUUCCUGAGCGAGGAGAGCCUGGAUGAGUCGGAUGACCAGGACCCGAGCUUGUCUGGACUCCCCACCUUGGACAGCUCCGAGUUCACUGGAUACCCCAGCAGCGUUAGCGAAGCCUCCACCGAAAUGAGCAUGAAGCGACGCAAGUCGCUUAAGAAGUCGGAGACCGACGAGGCUGGCAAGAAGGCCCACGCUUCGGUCAGCGCUCGCUCCGGCAGUGCCGAUUCGUCGACCCACUCGGCAGACGGCUGCUGCAACUCGGAAGUCAAUGCUUCCAGCCCCUCCGAGGCUCCCUCCGCGCCCGUGUCGGUCAACCGUCGCGGCCGCAAGCAGUCGCUGACCGACGACCCCUCGAAGACGUUCGUCUGCACCCUGUGCUCGCGUCGCUUCCGUCGCCAGGAGCACCUCAAGCGCCACUACCGGUCUCUCCACACCCAGGACAAGCCCUUCGAAUGCAACGAGUGUGGCAAGAAAUUCUCGCGCAGUGACAACCUUGCUCAGCACGCCCGUACCCACGGCAGCGGAUCGAUGGUGAUGGGCGUUCUUGAUGCCUCCCAGCGUGGCUCGUUCGAUGAGCGUGAUCCCAGUACAUUGGGAGCAGUGCUGUACGAAGCUGCCAACGCUGCCGCGAAGUCGACCACUAGCGAAUCCGACGACGGUGUUUCUGAGACCACGUCCGUCGACCGACGUGCCGCCAAGAAGCGCAAGCGUGAGGAGAACGCUUAA